AUGAUUAGAGAUCAUGUUCGCAAAAGUAUUGCAGAGCCCGAUUUCCACCCACCACCCGCCAGUCCCAAUGAUACAGAGGGCCAAGCUUAUCAUCAAGCUAUCUGCAUUCGUCAAGUACAAAUGAAGAGCUUUAUUCUAAGCAGCGUGAUUCUAUACUCCAUGCUCAGAAAAACAGAUUCUGUGUCAGACUGCUUGACUACACUUGAUAGAGGAGAUAACACUUCCUGCUCCAAUGCCAAUCCCGGAAUACGUUAUUAUCACGACGUGGAGACGGAUAUUUGCUUCCCAUUUUUAUAUAAAGGCUGUGGUGGUAACAGCAAUAACUACGCUACAAUGAAGGACUGCUAUAUAGCGUGCCCUCCAGAGGUAAUGUUUCACUGUCUGGGAAAAACGCCAAAAACGGGGACAUGCGACAGAGAUAUGAAGGGCUGUAAGAGUGGAAGCGUAUGCCUCUUGAGAGCAUUUGGUCCUGGAAUCUGUUGCGACAUGGCAAAUGAAGCCGAGUGGUUGGAAGACUUUGAAUGUCGUUGCUCUGAACAGUGGAAAGAAAAGGAGUGGAACGAUGUUGAACAUCUUCUAGGAAAGACAUGCUCCCACGAAUUUUGUCCAAAAGACUUUGACUGUAAGCAGGGUUAUCAUUUGGCGCAUUGCUGUCCGAAAGAAAAAAAAGAAAAAGAAGAAAAAGGGAGUAAAACUGUUGUUAACAAUUGA